GAAUCCCUUAGCUGCCGUCUGGUCUUCGUGAUGAUGCAAUACUGCGUGGCGGCCAAUUACUACUGGCUCCUGGUGGAGGGCAUCUAUCUGCACACACUGCUUGUCGUCUCGGUCUUUUCAGAACAGAGACUUUUUAGAUUUUAUCUGUGCAUUGGGUGGGGUGAGUAA